UGAGCCUGCGCUCACAGAAAAGAGGAGGUUCCCGAAUAGAGUCCUUUAUUUAUUUCUUUGUUUCCAGUGGAGAAAAAUAGUAACAGCGACAUACACCACAGGCACUUCAUUUUUUAUUUUUGUCCGUAUACACAAGAAAACUGGAUAAGAUUACAGUGGUUACUCGAAGGCCAAAGCCAAGCGGAGGAGGAUGAAGCGGCGCAAUGCGGACUGCAGCAAACUCCGACGGCCGUUGAAACGGAACCGAAUCACCGAGGGUAUAUACGGCAGUACCUUCCUGUACUUGAAGUUCCUGGUGGUGUGGGCACUGGUACUACUGGCAGACUUUGUGCUGGAGUUCAGGUUCGAGUACCUUUGGCCGUUCUGGCUCUUCAUCCGGAGUGUGUACGACUCCUUUAGAUACCAGGGGCUGGCCUUCUCAGUAUUCUUUGUGUGUGUGGCGUUUACCUCGGACAUCAUUUGCCUCCUCUUCAUCCCGGUGCAAUGGCUAUUUUUCGCUGCCAGUACAUAUGUGUGGGUGCAGUAUGUUUGGCACACAGAGAGAGGUGUCUGUCUGCCCACAGUGUCUCUAUGGAUACUUUUUGUGUACAUAGAGGCAGCCAUCAGAUUCAAAGACCUGAAGAACUUCCAUGUGGACCUGUGUCGUCCUUUUGCUGCACACUGCAUUGGCUACCCAGUGGUCACACUGGGCUUCGGCUUCAAGAGCUACGUGAGCUAUAAGAUGCGCCUCCGGAAGCAAAAGGAGGUGCAAAAGGAGAAUGAAUUUUACAUGCAGCUCCUGCAGCAGGCUCUGCCUCCAGAGCAACAGAUGCUUCAGAGGCAAGAGCGAGAAGCAGAAGAAGCAGCAGCAGCAGCUAAAGGAAUAUCUGAAGUGGACACACCUCCAGUGUCACAGAAUGGCGCCCUAGCCAAUAAAAAGACAUCGGCACCACUGCCGGAACUAGAGUAUAGGGAAAAAGGGAAAGAGGGAAGGGGCGGUGGGGAGGCUAAAAAGCAGCACAACAGCAACAGCAUCCUGCCAUCAUCAGUGGACUCUAAACUCCAGGAGAUGGAGUAUAUGGAGAACCAUAUGAACAACAAGAGACUGACCACAGAGCUGGGCAGUACAGAGAAUCUCUUGCUUAAAGAGGACAACAAUUCCUCCUGCUCCUCCUCAUCCUCCUCCUCCUCUAAAAACUACAAAAAUGCUAGCAGCAAUGCCACAACACUCAACUCCUCACCCCGCGGCCAUAGUGCUACCAACGGCAGCGUGCCCUCCUCUGCACCAUCAUCCUCUUCCACGGGGAAGAACGAGAAGAAGCACAAGUUUGCAGUGGGGAAGGGGACAUCAGGUGGCUCCCACAGGGAUCCCACAGACAACUGUAUCCCCAACAACCAGCUGAGCAAGCCAGAAGCACUUGUUAGAUUGGAGCAGGACGUUAAAAAGUUGAAGGCAGACCUGCAGGCCAGCCGGCAGGUGGAGCAGGACCUGCGCAGCCAGAUCGGCUCGCUGGGCAGUGCUGAGCGCUCCAUACGCACCGAGCUUGGCCAACUGCGCCAGGAGAACGAGCUGCUGCAGAACAAGCUCCAUAAUGCUGUGCAGGCAAAGCAAAAGGACAAACAGGCAGUGGGCCAACUGGAGAAGAGGCUCAAAGCAGAGCAGGAGGCUCGAGCCACCGCCGAGAAACAGCUUGCAGACGAAAAGAAGCGAAAGAAGUUAGAGGAGGCCACAGCAGCCAGAGCAGUAGCACUAGCAGCAGCAUCCAGAGGGGAGUGCACAGACACAUUGCGGCGGCGGAUCACUGAAUUAGAAACAGAGUGUAAGAAACUAACAAUGGAUAUCAAGCUAAAGGAGGACCAGAUCCGAGAGCUUGAAUUGAAAGUGCAGGAGCUUCAUAAAUAUAAAGAGAAUGAAAAAGACACAGAGGUGCUGAUGUCAGCGCUGUCAGCCAUGCAAGACAAGACCCAGCACCUGGAGAACAGCCUGAGUGCAGAGACCAGGAUCAAACUGGACCUCUUCUCUGCACUGGGAGACGCCAAGAGACAACUGGAGAUUGCACAAGGUCAAAUCCUGCAGAAGGACCAGGAGAUCAAAGACCUGAAGCAGAAGAUAGCCGAAGUGAUGGCUGUCAUGCCCAGCAUCUCCUACACAGCCGACACCAGCAGCAUGACCCCCGUGGCCCCCCAUUACUCCUCCAAGUUCAUGGACACCAAUCCCUCCGGCCUAGACCCCAACGCCUCUGUUUACCAGCCACUCAAAAAGUGAACGCUUCGUCCCGCCCCUCCCUCUCCUCCAUCCAUACUCCUCUCAUUUUUAUUUUACCUGCAGGCCCACCACCUCCCAAUCUGCUCGGCAUGUCUGCAGCUGAGAACGUUGUUUUUUCUUGGGGUUUUUUUGUUCUCUCCUUGCCAGGUCAGAAGGAUGUUGUAUUGUGUGACUGUAUUUGUUGUAGUUAAAACAAAAGACAAAAAAAACUUAAAACGGACAUCACAUGUCAACUAGGACGUCCCAGUUUUUUUUUUUUCUCUUAAGUGUCUAGUGAAACCUCACAGAAUCGGGUAUGUGUCUUCAUCUCAAGGGUGUUGCUCUCCCUUCCCCACCACCACUGCAACCACCUGCAACCAGUUACCUGCUCUUUGGCCCUGGGGACUAGCUGCUUUAUUUUUAUUUAUUUUUUUUAGGUUGAUUUUUCCCUCCUAAAAUUGGAAAACAGUUCUCCUUCAUCACACAGCCUGACUUGUAUCCCAAUUUAUUUUGACAGAUUGUUUUUCUCCCAAGGUAGUCUGGGAACAUCUGUACAACCAGAGGAAUGUAGUGCAAAGUUGGCACAGACUCGCCCCUGUUACAUUUAAUUUAUUCUUUUAAUCCACAAUCAGACACUGAAAAUUAACCCUCCCUCAGCUGCUUUGGGGUUUGGUGGUAAAUAGUUUUUAAAGUGUAUUGUGUGGUUCUGUUUGUUCACUCUUUUAAGAUUCAAGUGUUGAUUUCAACAAGCUGGAAAAUUGUGUGUUGUAAACAGAAACGUACACCUCGAAACGAAAUUGACCCAAGCAGCUCCAUAUGUUCAGCAUCAAGUGAAAACAGCAGUUUGGUUUCCCUCGCUUUGAGUUUUUGAGUUGAAGGAAGUGCAGUAAGAGAAGACUGUACAGCUUCUCAGUACUCUGCAGAGUCUCUCAACAGUUGUCAUCACAGUGCCUUGAGUUGUGGACAUAGAGUGAGUGUGAUAAUGAGAAAUGGUUCAGGGCCUCUGAUUUUAGUUGUGAAGCAUCUGGCUAAGCUGGAAUGGAUAAGAGUCCAGUCCAGUGGGACAAAGUUGCUUUCGGGCACUGAUUUGGUUUUUCAGGCUCCCUACUGAUUUCCAGACUGGUGGGGAAGCUGAUCCAUCGUGUGCACUCAAGGGCAGCUUUGUCCCUCAUUAUACAAGUCCCAUUUUUCCAAUACUUCAUUGUACGCCUAUUUGUCUAUGGUCGGUAUGUUGACACGAUGUUAGCCACCACAGGGUCUCCUGCACACAGGUCUCUGACUCAACGCAUCCGUACAGAAAAGGUCAUCUACACUACUGUUACACCCCAAACCCCUCGGCUUAUCUAUUGCCCCCUCUUUUCUUUUUUGAGUUCCAAUUGAAAGUUGCACUGUGGAAAACACAUACGCUGUUUGAAAGGGAAAACUGUAAAGAUGGACAGCAAUGUACAUGAAGCUUUGGAAAUACCAUCUUGAAUAUAGCAGUUAAAUAAUUUUAUUUAAUCAAUCUUCCACUUCAGUUCAUGUGCCAAGACUGGAAUGCUUGUUUCUCUAGUAAUGUGUUCAAGAAUGUACUGCAAAUACAUUGGCUGACAUUUUCGUCAAAUAGUCCAAUUGAAUAUUGCUUAAUGGAAGUUUCUGUUAAGCAGGUAGAGAAAGUGGUCACCUGCUUGUAGUAGACUGUAGUUAAAAAGUAAGGGACUAGAGAGUCAAAUUUCUUUUUGUGAAUGUUACAGUAUUUGCAACUGUUGGGCAAGUGGCUGUUUUAAAGCAGUUUCCUUA